GUUUCCAGCACAUUCUGCGCACGGCGGAUAAACGCAGGAGCACCGCUACAGAGAGCCAGCAGCAGCCAGAGGCUUCUAGAAACAACGUGCACCGGGACAGUCACCGGCAAACACAUCAGCUCCCCGCUCCAAACGUUACACGUUAUAACUUUAUCGUCAUUUAGUUGGAUCAAUGGCUAAGUGGGGAGAAGGGGACCCUCGCUGGAUUGUGGAGGAGAGAGCCGACGCGACUAAUGUCAACAACUGGCACUGGACUGAACGAGAUGCGACAAACUGGUCCUCAGACAAAUUAAAAUCGUUGCUCCUUGGGUUGAGUGUGGAGAACGAGGAGGGGAAAUGUGAGGUGACAGAAGUCAGCAAGUGUGAAGGAGAGGCCUCGAUUAACAACCGCAAAGGGAAACUUAUUUUCUUUUAUGAAUGGAACCUGAAAGCCACUUGGACCGGAAAGUCAAAAUCAGGAAUCAAAUAUAAAGGAACAAUUGAAGUCCCAAACCUGUCUGACGAAAAUGACAUGGAGGAUCUCGAUAUUUCUGUAUCAUUGAACAAAGAUGAACCCGACACGCCACUGACCAACCUGAUGAAAACGAAAGGAGCUGAGAAAGUCCGCGAGGCCCUGGGAAGCUACGUGGGGUUCCUAAAAACAGAGUUCACACAGGGGAUGAUCCUGCCUACAGCCAACGGUGUGGCCAAGCCGCAGCCCACAUCACAGUCCAAAGCCAAGACGGAUAAAACUCAGAUUUCCUCCUCGAGCAGCACAGCUGCUCCGAUCAACACCGGCGUCAAGAUCCCCACCUGUAAAUUCAGCAUGAAAGAAAUGUUCCUCACCUCGCCAGCUGAGCUCUACAGGGUCUUCCUCAACCAGGAGAUGGUUCAGGCGUUCACACAUGCUCCAGCCACAGUGGACGGAGAGCGGGGCGGAAAGUUCCGCCUGUUAGACGGAAAUGUUUUUGGUGAAUUCACAGAGCUGAUACCUGAUGAGAAAAUAGUUAUGAAGUGGAGGUAUAACAACUGGCCCUGUGAGCAUUAUGCGACAAUCUCGAUGACCUUCUUGGACCGGAGCAGCGAGACGGAGCUGAAGGUGGAGUGUCGAGGCGUCCCGGACAACGAGGAGGAGCGGACGAAAGAGGGCUGGAAGAGAUACUACUUUGAAGCUAUUAAACAGACUUUUGGCUACGGAGCGCGACUCUUCUGAAGACGGUGUUACUGUAGUAGAGUUUUUUGUUUUUGUUUUGUUUUUCUUUUUUUGGAUUUUUAAACUUCUUGUCCUUCGAUCUCUCUGGCACAAGACAUCCCAAUGUAAACUCGUAGCUCGAGUUAAUGAAAGAGAUGAUGAAAUCGGUGAGGCCAAUCUGUCGCCUGUGUGUGUUUGUGUAAAUGUUUUAAUUUCAGAACAUAUUUAAAUUGACAUUUUUUUCCCCCUUCAGUAUUCGGGUCAGUUGUUCAAAGGAGCAUACAUGGACUGUGCCUUUGAGACUCUGGAUGGAAAAACAGAUUGAAUAAAGCAAAGGAGGAUCUAUCGAACCACUAAUGCAAAUUGGCCUCUAUUUCUAUAAAUAUGUAAUUAUUAUUGCAAGAGUUAAAAUAAUAAAUGUUGGUUUUCUUUUAUUUGAAAAAAAUAUUAUGUUGCUUUGAAAAUGAAUGUUUAUUUUUUACUUAUUUUACUCUUCAAGUGUAACUGUAGUGAAGAUGCUUUUCAGCCAAGAUGCAUGUUCCAGUUGAAGCUGUCAGACGGAGGAAUGACCACUGGAUUUGAACCUUUACUCGUGAAGUCUGUCACUUAUUAGCCAAGCAGUACUGUACUUUUCCGUUGUUUGUUUUUUUUUCCCGUCGAUUUCAUGCACAUUACGAGCCCAGCGUCCGUCUGGGUGAAUCGGAUCAGCUCGGACCCUUCAGCAGGAACGUUACCGCAAAUGUUUUGUCAGCGUAUAGAACAUGAGAACAGUUUCCAAAUUCCUUACGCAGGUAGCUAGCGUAGCAACAACAGAGGUGUUUUGCUAUAUUUGGCUUCUAAAAAUGUAAAUUUCCAGUUAGAGAAAAAAAGCUUUUAGAACAAAAUGCAUCUAUUUAUUCCUCAUUUCAUCUCUUCACGAUGUAAAAAGAUUAGUUUCUUGGAAUAAACCAAUCCCUGUA